AUGUGUCUUCAGAAGGACAGGUACAUGAAAAUCGUAGCUAUUCUGCUAAAAUCGGGGUCGUUUGCGGCCUACUUCAUUUUGGUCAGCAAGUACCUGUGGAAGAUGCCGUUCCAUUUGAGGAAUGUUUUUCAUCAUUACCUGCAGAGCAGAACAUGUAGGAAAGCAUCCGGAAAAUCGACCUUGUUUCUACAGAGUUAUACUCCGGGUGGUGGCGUUCUAUUUGGCGCCAUAAUGCUGAUAAUGUUAUUACCCUUUCUCCUGUACAAAUGUGAGCUGGGAUUCUUCACCAUUAUCGCCGGUGUGCAGGCGCGCGGAGCGCAGUUAUGUGAGCAAACCUGCAACCUCACGCUGUCGGCCAAAGGACCUAGACUGUACUACUGGGCCUUGCACGCCGGUAUAUUGGCGGAUGUGCAGUUGGCCGUGGUCCGCGGUAUUGUGACGUUGUACUGUAUGCUGGCCGUGUGCACUUUCUACAAUUGGCGGUUAGUGUUCCUCAUCCAUCCUCCGGAGAGCGAUGACCGCCGUGACACCCUCUCGGCCUGGCAGGCACAUGAAAAGGAAUAUGGUGAACAUUUGAAGGAUGUGCGGGCGGUCUUUCAAGCUGGUCGGCUCGGAUCUCUGUUGCGUGUGGUGUUCUUUCAUGAUUAUGUGGCAUGUGCAUUAGCCGUCCGUGACUUCUGUCUUCAUAAAGAAGGGCUACACCAACCGGCGGCUAAUUUAUGGCCAGUGCUGACGCAGGUCCUGAUGACAAAAGUCCUAGCCAAUGCCGUCGCAGCCGUUAGUGAGGCCAACGAUCUGGCGGAUGUUUUAGAACGCAAGUUAUCUAAGGUAGACGGGAUGUCGGAUGCCGAAGAAAACCUGCUAUUCAAGCAGAUUCGACGUUUGAGACAGCACGCAGUGGGUCUGAAGUUUGGGAAGUUUGGUACUAUGCCGUUUGACGACCAUUUCGUCUGGAGUGCCACUCAUGCGCUGGUCAUAGUGGUCGGCUUUAUCCAGUAGCGAAGCAGAUUCCUAGCUGUCUCGGAAUUGCUUAAGCUCCCUCUUUUCAUCAGCGGCA